UGUGGAACGGUUUAGGUCGUUGGAAAAGCGUUUAAGCAAACGAAAGCGUGCGUGUGCGGUUCGUUGGCUGGUGAUAUCAUUUGUGUAUAUUUAUAGUCAAAAGAUAAAAUAUUUAUGUGAAUGCAGGCAUAGUAUAACACAUACAGUUAAACGUAUUUACGAAAAGUAUACAAAAAUGAAUGUCAAAGAAUUAAGCAAAUUUAAUUCUCGUAGACGAACAACAAAGGAAUCAAUUAGCCUAAAUUAGAGCGAGAAAACAAUUUACAAAUAGCGAGCGGAAAUUGAAGUUACUAGUGCAAGAAGAUUUCCAAGGGGGGAAAGAAUAAUAAAAUAUAAUAGUAAAUUCAAGAAAAGUGUGUAUUUGUUUGUGUUGAAGCAGUGAAAGCAAACUUAAGCAAACCGAGAAAAAGCGCAGAAUCAAAUCUUUUGCGAGGUGUUGGCUUUGUGGCGACUGCUUAAGCCGUGUUUUUAUCGUUGUUACCGGGCAUAAUUUUGGAAAAUAAUUAAGAAAUAGCUGGAGCUCAAAGCAAAAUGAAAAGAAAAUGUUUGUGAAAAUUUUUUAACUAACAACGAUUAUGUCCAGCAGAUUUAACAGCUGCAAAAUUAAAUAAAAAGAUAAAAUUGUUUACAAAAAAUCGUGGAAAAAUCACACAAGUUCAUUUUUAGUGCCGUUUUUAAAAGUGAGCGCAUUUUAAGCAACAGUAAAUAACAAAACAAGUGCAGCGCCUAAGCCCACUUAUGGUAAUUACACGAAAAAAAAUAAAAAGAAACACAAAAUUUUAUGAUAAAAUAAAAAAUAUAAUUAAAAUUAAAAAAUAUAUUAAGUUAGUUUUUUAACUGUUGACCGCAAACCUGCUCGUGGCAGUAAUUCAAACGAAUUUAAGUGAACUAAAACAAAAUUUAAAUUUUAAAUAAUUUUUUCACACAAGAAAAUUGUAAAUUUGUGAAACCCAAAAGAGUUAAACUUCGUCUAAACCGAAGAGAUAUUACAUAAAUACAUCACAAUUUCCACAACCGUAACCAAAUUCCGUUCAAACGAACACCUAAACAUUGCCGAAAUGCCUCAACUGCACAGCGAAGAACUCCGCGCUUGCGUGCCCGCCGUGACAACUACGCCCACCACCACAUCCGCCAGCGACAGCAGCGUGGUAGCAAACACAAAAACGUUGCUUUUGUUGUUAUUAACACUCGGUUGCCUCCUCUCUGCCGUCACCUGUGUACCUGCGCCAGCCACUGCACUAGCUGCUGAGCCGGCGCCAGCAUUGCACAGCUCACCACCCACUCCGUCACUCAAUGUUGUGGUCGAUGCAGAUACUUUCUUAACGUCAAAGCGGCACUUGAAGCGCUCACUCUCUGUGACGUCGCAAGAAAUUGCUGAUAAAAAUAAUGCUGCAACGGCCAACUCAGAUAUGGACGAUGACUAUUAUGACGAGGAGGAGCCUGAUGCCGGAAAUGGUAGCGAAAAUGUGAGUGGUCGUCAGCGGCGUCAUCACGAAUUAUCGCCAACCGCUCGCUUCGGUUAUGAUGGCAACAAAAUUAAGCCACAACAAUUCUACACACAACAAAUGGUUGCGAACGCUUUGGAAGGCAACACCAAAGCUGGCACGCAGCUUGCGCGCCCCAAUAAAGAGCCACCGCCGAUGGCCGCACAAGUGAACAACGACUUAUCGAUAUUGAGUUUAAUGGAUAAUGCGCGACGCAUGGAUAUCUGCGAUGUAUGUAGCUGCGUUCGUGACAUCUAUGUGCAUGUCACUUGUGAUUAUAAUAAUCGAAAAUCGAGGACACCGCUGAAUGAGAUUUUCGGUCCGAUUUAUCGCAUACCAAAUACGACGAGAUCAAUUGAAAUUAAAUUAGCAGCAAAUACACAUUUCCGUUUGGAAAGGGAUCUAUUUGACCAUAACAUAGUUUUGAACAGUUUCACGAUUGUCGGCACUCAUAGUAGCGGUGAACAAGUGGAGAUCACCACAGGUGCUUUCCCAGGUAAUGCCAGCAUAAUGGGGCCAUAUCCAGAUAUUGUGAUGCAAAAUGUCUUUUCGGUGGUAGUGCGAGAGGGCGCUUUUUCAGGCAGCAAAAAAUUCACUGUACGCAACAGUAACGAUUUAAUUUUGUAUUCGAAUGCUUUCAAGAAAGCCGAAAUUAAUGGCAAAUUUUUUGGGAUAGCUGACUUGCGUAUCGAGGAGAAGGCGUUCAAUUCAGCCGAUGCGAAGUUAUACAUCGAGAAUUCUCAUAUCGACAAUAUCUAUCGUUUCGAAGCCUCAAUGCGUGAAAUCAAAUUCAACAAUUGCACCAUUAACACCAUCAAUAGUGGCUCUUUCGAUGUCAAUAGCAUCUUCAAUAUUAUAUUCGAAAAUAGCGCCAUUGGCGUAAUCAAAUCACGCUCGAUUACGGAAAAGCUGCUCAGCAAGCAUGUGUCCUUCACUGGCGGCGUUAUUGGCUACAUCGAGGGCGAAGCCAUACAUGGCAGUGGCAUCGGCGAGCUGAUUUUGCGUAACAACAGUAUUGACACCAUCAACGAGAAUGCCAUCUAUGUGAACACCAUAAAUGCCACCAUCAAAGACAAUCACAUCAAACAUCUCGGUCAGCACUGGUUGCGUAUCAAGGAAUGGUCGAAUAUUGUGAUUGUGAAAAAUAGUUUUGGUGAUUUCGGCGGCAUUAUAGUGGAGGAAACGAAAGAACCCCUCGAUUGCCGUUUCGAAAGUAACUCCGUAACGAAACCGAAGCCGGGCAGUUUGAAUAUAGGAAAUCGUCAUUGCAUAUUGCGUGAGAUCAUUGUCGAUCUGCCGUGUCGUUGUAAUCUCGAGUGGCUGGACACAUAUUCUGAACGCGAUUUACGUUCGGAAAUCUACUGCACGAUCGAUCGCAAAUUAGGUGUAUGCUUCAACGCGACUACCUUUAAUAUGCAGCGGUAUGAGCAUGAAGUGUGUGACGAAAAGAAGACAACUUUAGAUUGUGGCGCCAAUCGUAAUCUGAAGAAGGUGAAUGGUGAAUUCUUUACAAUCGAAGAGCUCGAGCAACAAGCUACACAAUUCGUGCAUAUCAUCUAUCUCGGCACUGCCAUUAUAUUGGCGAUCGUGCUACUCAUUAUACUAGUGCUGAUAUUGCGUUGCUUGUGUCAACAGCGUAAGAGCAAUCGUGGUGCUAGCGCGUCACAUCAGCAUCGACAUGAAUUCACGCAAGGCGAACGUGAUAUUAUCGUGCGUGCCCAAGAUAUAAUAGAGAAGCGACAUCCUCAGAUACAACCACAAAUCAAACGUUUGUGCGACGAACUUUUGCAAACGAAUCGCACCGAGAAGCAAUGCAUUAAAACUAUCGCGAAAAUCGAAAAUCUACUGAAUGAAGUUGAACGUUGUCAGGAUCUCAAUGCAUUCUGCAGAGUUUUGGUCCAACAUCUGCAGCCGCAAUCGCAACCGCUGCAACUGACAACGAACGCCAUCUGCAGGACGGAGAGUUUUACGCGUGUGCAACGUGAGAAUUACCCUGGACCACACUAUGCUGGCUGCAUUGACACCGCCCACAUAAUAGCCAGCCGAGAGGCGGCGUGUUUGGAGCGCGAGCGUGAACGUGAACGCGAACGUGAAAGAGAACGUGAACGCAUCAAUGGCAUAGACAAUGGACGCAACGCUGAACCGCUUAAUAUACCCAAUGAACCGUUCUACGAGGAGUUGGGUCAACCGUUGCUGCCUGAUUAUGCAUCGCCAGCGGAUGGUCGUGUUUAUGCGACACCACAUGAUCUAGCGUUGGGCAUAAAUGCCGAACUCGAGUAUGCGGAGCCCAUCAACAAUCGAGACGACUAUGCACACCGCUUGCCACCAUAUGCCGUGCCAAUGCCCAACAGACUGCCCACACAACCGUCCAUGAGAGCGCCCACAGCAGCGCCGCGCACCCAUCUGCCGCCCAGUAAUAAUAAUAACAAUAACAGCAACAACAACAAUAACAACGCACACCCGCUAUAUCACGUUAGCAAGCUACCUGCAUACGGCGCUGAUAAUCGACCAGCUUUGCCACCAUCGAAUGUCAAACGCAAGGCGCACGAUCUCGAAAAUAGACUCAACUUUCAACUGCCCAACGCCGCUGAUCAUCCGCCCAAUAAACAUUUAGUCGCGCCGCCUGUUUACACCGCACCCGACAUAGCGCACAAACGACCUAUGCCGACACCGGCCUCGACGUUCGCACGUCUGGCCACGCCCGAAGUGGAUGAGACGGAGAUGGAUAUGCGUGGCGCUAGAGCUUUACCACCCGAUACGGGCUCGGAUCAUUCGGGUGGCAGUAAUGAGACUGUACUGAUCGAUGAUGUUAUAGUGUAUGCAGACGCCUGAGCGGCAUAUGUGUAAAUCAUAUAAUGCGAUUCUCCUAAAACUAUGCUGUGCCAGUUGAAAGUGACAGCAAAAUAUAAGAAAUAUUUUCGUCCAAACUCACAUUAAGCUGCAGACCUUAUACUAGCAAACUUUCAAGCGUGAUAUUUUAUACUGACUGUCGUAUAAGUGCUUUGAAAGAAUUGCAUUAACACAUGUGAUGUUAUUGAGAAGAUUGGUCCUAGAAGGUAGAGAACACCAUUUCUUCAUUUAAACUAAGAAAGUUAUCACAAAAGAUUUAUAGAAUGUAAAUUUAAGCAGAUGAAGUUUAAUUUAAGGAAGAUGAAGUAUUGCUUGUGCGCCUAAAAGUAUACAACUUUAAUAUUUCAAUGUUUACAGAACAACAUACACAUAUAUCCCUUAAAUCAUAGAAUUUCCUGUUUCUAAUCAAAUAUUCAUAACAUUAGUUUAAAAUUGUAAAAAAAAAAUAGAACUUUAUAAAAUAUUCGUGGGCGCUUCGUUUUACUUUUAUAAAUGUAACAAUGUCCAAACUCCAGAAAAGCUACCGUUUUUUUUCUGUUUAUUUUCCUAUGCACUAACUUUGGUAAAUUUUUUUUUCACAAACUAAAGCAGACUUUUCAAAAAAAAAGGUACUUAAUCACGUUAUAGAUAUUGUAGUUUUACUAAAAAUAUUUGUCUAAAUGAAAAGGAUAUAUGUCUAAAUAUUGUCAUAAUACUAUCAUAAAUCACAAAAUUUUGGUAUGUAAAAAGAAAAUAGUGAUGGGAAAAAACAUCACGUACAAUUUUUACAGAAUGAGAAUUUCACAGAACAAGUAGAACACUUACUAUAAUACUAUUUCGACACUUAAGUUAAUUUCCAUGCCAUGAAUAUAAAAUCUUCACACAUCUCGACUGAAUUUCCCAAAUAUAGAUUUUCUGAACAAGUGGUACACUAUUUAUCAAUGAAUGCAUUACCUUUCUGAGAAAUACAUCACUAUUGUUAAUAAAAAAAAGAACGUUUAUAUAAAACUAUAAAUAAUUUGAUAUAUAUUAUAGUAUACAAAAAAGGACAUUCUAAAUGUUGGCAUUUUCAAACGCGCAUACACCUAUGGCUUGUGAUUAAUUAGUAAUAAUUUAUAUACCAUUUAAAAUAUUAAGUAAGGUAAGACGAAAGCAUCAUAUAUGUGUGUGUAGGUAUAAAUUAUAUAUAAGAAUGCCUAACAACCAAACUAUUUUUGCUUUAUAGACCGUAAGUAACAUAACAGUAAAGAUAUAAUUGUAUACAAAAAACAAUAUAUUAUAGAAAAUAAAACGACGAACAACGAGGCUUAUGCCACUGUAUAUAUGUAUUUAGUUUGUAUUUAGUAUUGUAUUAAUAAGUCGUUAACUGUUGUAAAGAAAUAUAUUAUAUAAUUUGUAGGUAUGCAUAUUAACAAAUAUUUA